CAUCACAUACUCAUUCAUAUAACGCUCAAGAAAUCGUCCUGUUACUUUCGCCCGAUUCGUUUAGUGUUCCUUGUCGUUGUUCACUUAGUCGACAGCCCAGAUGCUUCCGCAGUAUAAUGACCUUGACACUGUACUUUCUGACGAGUUCCUCAUCCCAUCAAAUAGAGAUAUAGGGGCUAAAAUUGUUCCAGAAGAAAAUGCUGACCAGAGAUGCACUUAUCUUUGCGGAAAUUCUCUUGGUCCUUUAACCACACGGUCCAAGGCUCUCCUGCAGGAGGAGCUACAUGUUUGGGGGACACGAGCCGUCGAAGGACACUUUGUGCACCCUUAUGGCCGCGAGUGGAUAAAUAUUGCCGAUACGGUCACCCCAUUACUCGCUGAAUUGGUGGGUGCCUCGGAGAAGGAGGUGGCUUGCAUGGGCACUCUGACUGCGAACCUGCAUCUGAUGAUGGCCGCAUUUUACAAACCUACUACUCAACGUUUCAAGAUUCUAUGUGAAGGCAGAGCUUUCCCCUCGGACCAGUACGCAUUUGCUUCCCAGGCUCGUCUGCACGGGUAUGACCCGAACGAAGCGAUCAUCGAAAUGUGCCCUCGGGAAGGCGAGUUUACACUACGCGAGUCCGACAUACUGGACUUUAUCGCCAAAGAAGGUCCCUCGAUUUCUCUUGUGAUUUUCAGUGGCGUGCAGUAUUACACUGGUCAAUGGUUUCCCAUGAAGGCUAUCACCACUGCAGCCAAGGCACAGGGGUGUAUUUGCGGCUGGGACAUCGCUCAUGCUAUCGGAAAUGUUCCCAUGGCGCUUCACGACUGGGGUGCCGAUUUUGCUGUAUGGUGCUCAUACAAAUAUCUCAACUCAGGCCCCGGCGGAAUUGGCGGGCUUUUUGUGCACAAAAAAUGGGAAAGCAGCCUAUUUCCCCAGUAUGCAGGGUGGUGGGGGCACGAUCCAGCCACCAGAUUUGCCAUGCCUCCUCGGUUUUCAGCUAUCCCUGGCGCACAAGGAUUCCAACAAUCCAAUGCCUCGGUCCUUGCAACUGUGUCGCUUUUAGGUUCUUUGCAAAUCUUCAAGGAAGUCGGCAUGAUGACUCCCCUACGCAAGCGAUCGCUUCAGUUGACUUCCGAGCUGGAGGCGAGACUCGUUAAGUCAAGGUUUUAUGUCCCCAUAAACGAGGUUUCGGCACGAUGCCAAAUAUCACAGGAUGGAACGAACAGCAAGGAUGACACUGCACAACAGGACAAACCCGGAUUCACCAUCAUCACACCCCGUGAUCCCGAGUCCCGAGGUUCACAGUUAUCGCUUCUAUUUCUGCCACCCAAUUCAGACGUGGCGAACAAGGUUUUUAAUGCAUUGUCUGCAACGGGCGUUGUCGGAGACGAGAGAAAACCCGACGUGAUUCGCUUAACACCCGCACCGCUGUACAACACAUUAGGUGACUACGAGAGAGCUGCCUCGUGCCUUGAAGACGCAUUCGAAGGUUUGACGAAAGUAACAUAUUGUAAGAACAGCGGUUUAGAUACAAUAUCGUUCCACAAGUACCAAAUCAAGUAAGUAGAGGAAUUUUAUCUAGAAUGUAUUGUCCGACAAGUUGCACAAAUUCUCCGCCUGUUAGUACAGCAUUAUGCUCUUCCUUGAGUUCACCAAAGUUCCUCGUGGCAUGAGGAAUAUUGUGAAGUAAAUGCUGAUACAUUGCUUCGCUCUGAGCUUCAUCAAUUAAAGUAUCACCUUUGGAAUGCACGAUUAACCAAUGCAAGUGGUGGUAUGCCACCCUCGGGAUCAUCUUCGUGACUGAAGCUUCCUCGUAAGUACUCCGCCGACCAAAUGCGGCCUCGAUGAACCAAGCCCUGUAAGCAGGGAAACUCGAGAGAAGGAGAUCGAUGUCAUAUAUCC